AUGAGCCUCCCAUCGGGAGAUGAACUCGUAGGAUUUGCUGAUGAUGUAGCUCUCUUGGAGAAAGGCUCCUUAACAGCGGAGGUUGAGCAACUGACCACGGUAGCUAUCCGAGCAGUGGAAAACUGGAUUCACUCCAAGUGCCUGCAUCUAGCCGAGAUGGUGCUUAUCAUCAACCUGAUCUCACCCCAAACGAGUACCAUUGCAGUUGAACCGUGCAAUAUCGUGUCCAAACGCGCAAUCAAGUACCUAGGGGAGAUGAUAGAUGACAGACUCAGCUUUACGAGUCAUGUCGAUGACAUGUGCAAGAGAGCGGAGAAAACUGUCAAGCGUGAUCACGACAAUCUUACGGUACGGAGUGGUGGCCUGGGGGCAGGGCCUGAAAAACAGUGUAAUCUGCAGAGACUUAGCAGCGUUCACCGGCUGACGAACCUGCGUUUUAUCUAUGGAUACCGGACCAUGUCGUCCGAAGCAGCUUGUGUAGUGGUGGGCGUCAUGCCCAUCUCAGUUUUGUUAGAGGAGGAUGUCUAUUGUUACGAAAAUAAAGACACGCUCAAAGUACGAGAUCUCGCCAUUGAGAACUCGAUGUCCAACUGA